UUUCUUGCUUUUAUUCAUCCAUGCAAGUUGCAACUAACGAUUUUGAAGCUGUACUCGUGUCACUUAGUUGGUUACACUCUUCGACAAGUAGCAGAACCCUUAUUUAUUGCUCAUCAAUACUUCCUCGUCUUUCUUAGGCAUUGUGGAAAGUUCCAGAAGCUAAUUGACAACAACAAUGGAGGUGCUAAGGGUGCAAAGCGUAGCAGCCCAGUCAAAAGAUGCUUCCAUCCCCGCGAUGUUCGUGAGGUCGGAGACAGAGCAGCCUGGCAUCACGACCGUUCGCGGGGUGGAAUUGGAGGUGCCGAUCAUUGAUUUGAACGGCACCGAUGAAGUGAAGGUGCUGAGUGAGAUCGUGGAGGCGAGUAAGGAGUGGGGGAUGUUUCAAGUUGUGAAUCAUGAGAUACCUAGUGAAGUUAUAGCCAAAUUGCAGGCUGUGGGGAAAGAGUUCUUUGAGUUGCCACAAGAGGAAAAAGAGGUGUAUGGUAAGAUUGAAGGGUCUGAUUCUUUGGAAGGUUAUGGGACCAAGCUUCAGAAAGAGGUGAAUGGGAAGAAAGGUUGGGUGGAUCAUUUGUUUCAUAUUAUUUGGCCAACUUCUUCCAUUAACUACCGUUUCUGGCCUAAGAAUCCUGCUUCCUACAGGGAGGUGAAUGAGGAAUAUGGCAAGUACCUGCGUAGUGUGGCGGACAAACUUUUCAAAAGCAUGUCAAUUGGGCUGGGCCUUGAAGAAAAUGAGCUAAAGGAAGCUGCAGGUGGAGAUGACAUGAUUCACCUAUUAAAGAUCAACUACUACCCACCAUGUCCAUGUCCUGAUCUUGUUCUGGGUGUGCCACCACACACAGACAUGUCAUUCGUGACCAUUUUGGUCCCCAACGAGGUGCAGGGCCUCCAAGCAUUCAGGGAUGGUCACUGGUACGAUGUUAAGUAUGUCCCCAAUGCCCUCGUCAUUCACAUUGGAGACCAAAUGGAGAUACUGAGCAAUGGGAAAUAUAAGGCUGUCCUGCACAGAACAACAGUGAACAAAGAGGAGACAAGAAUGUCAUGGCCGGUGUUCAUAGAGCCCCAAGGAGACCAUGAAGUUGGUCCUCACUCCAAGUUGGUUAACCAAGACAAUCCACCAAAAUACAAGACCAAGAAAUAUAAGGACUAUGCCUACUGCAAGCUCAACAAGAUCCCUCAGUAAAUGAAGAUGCAAGCACUACUACCAAAUGAAAGUGUUGUUUGUGGUUUUUGAGAAGGAAAAUAAAAUCUGCUUGCCCUGUAUUCGUUUAAAUGUGAGAGAAAGAAUAAACCCUGUUUUACCAUGCAUUUCUCUUUUGGGGUUUCUUCUUCGAAUCUCAUGUUUAUUCAGUAAAUGUCAGUUUCAAGUGUAUUGAUGUGCUUUUGUGUCUAGGCGUAGCUUCAGGUUAUGCUAAUUUUCGUUCUUGUAUGAACAAUUUCUACCAGUUACAUUUUGUACUUAAAUA